CCCUAUCGCAACUCUCCCUCAGAGAAGAUGGAAAACGAUCUGCAUGGGGAAAUUUCCUUGGAUGAUCAAAAUAAAGAAGAAACUGACACAGUGAAAGACAGGAAAGAACACCUGUCUGUGGUAGACAGAUAUUAUACCAGGAAGUACAAGACGGAUGUCCAGGGCAACAUUUCACAUGAUCAGUGUAUUCUCUUACAUUCAAACAAAGUUUGUGUGGUAACAGUGGCCAAAUCUCAUCCAGUCUUAGCAGAGAACAAGACAAUCACAUCAGUGAAUUUCCAGGUUGACGGUGGACCAAACAGAAUGGAGAACAAAGUCUCGGGCAAAGGCAAAAGGGGAGCUCAGAAAAUGAAGGCCGAUUCGCCUGUGUGUUACAUUCACUGUGAUGAUGGUUCUGCCUAUACCCUGUACAGCUGCGUGCGUGGAAUGUUGAUAGAAGUCAACAAGAAUUUAGUCUCUCAUCCAAGUCUCAUCAGUGAAAAGCCUGAAACGGAUGGAUAUUUAGCCAUUAUUUUACCUCCUCUAAAGGAGUACCAUGCUGUUGUAAGCAAGCUUGAUGGUCAGGAGAAAUAUCUGCAAACCUUGCAACAACGACAACAGCCGACACCACCACCAGACGCCGCAAUGGAAGAUGGCCCCCCUGGAUAACAGACAUAAUUCCUUAGGGAAUUUCUUUUACAGUUGAAUGUACAUGUACCCCUGUUAGCUGUGUAUAUUUCUUCUUUUAUAUAAAUAAAUGUUUUUCACUUGAA